GGGGCGGAGCGGCUCCACAGGUGCGAGCAGUGCGGGAAGGCCUUCGCGCAGGCGGGCGCCCUGGCCAAGCACCGCCGGGUCCACACCGGGGAGAAGCCCUACCGCUGCCCGGUCUGCGCCAAGGCCUUUGCCCUCUCCUCGGGGCUGGUCCUCCACAAGCGCACCCACACCGGAGAGCGGCCCCAUGCUUGCUUGCUCUGUGGCAAGGCCUUCAUCUCCUCGUCGCACCUCGCCCUCCACCUCCGCUCCCACACAGGCGAGCGCAAGUACCAGUGCUCCGUCUGCGGGAAGCUCUUCCUCCAGUCCUCCCACCUGGUGCGCCACAAGGCCAUCCACACUGGGGAGAGGCCCUUCAAGUGUGAGGAAUGCGGCAAGCUCUUCGGGCGUUCCUCGCACCUCGCCACCCACCGCCGCGUGCACACAGGUGAGAGGCCUUUCAAGUGCCUGCAGUGCGAAAAGGCCUUCACGCAGAAGGCUGGGCUGGUCCUCCACGUCCGCCUGCACACCGGGGAGCGGCCCUACAAGUGCGAAAAGUGCGGGAAGAACUUCCGCUCCUCCGCCCACCUCGUGUCACACCAGGUUCUCGAGUCAGGCGAGAGGAACUUCAAGUGCUCCACCUGUGGGAAGGCCUUCAAGCAGGCGUCAUCCCUUAAGCAGCAUCUGAAGACCCACGAGGUACGCGAGCCUCAGUGCUGCUCGGUCUGCAGCCGAGCCUUUUCCAGGUCCUCUUACCUCCAGCUGCACAUGAGAACACACAGUGGGGAGCGGCCAUACCACUGUUUGGUUUGCAACCGGACAUAUGCCAAAAUUUCAACCUUUGAAAAACAUUGUAAAAAGCACCAGCAAGAUGAAGAGAGACCUGAUGCUCAACCCAGGUCUGUGACCACUAGGGCAAAAACACUAACUCAAAAGAAAAAGCAGGAACAGAAACAGCAGCACCGACAUGACAGCCUCGAGCAACCUCACCAGGCUGACCCAAAACAGCAGCAGGCAGGAAAGCUGUAAAAGUCACUAAAACAAGAACUGUUCCUGGCCUUCUGCAGCAUGGCUCACGAGAGAACUUCGUGAGCUGCUUAAGACUAGCUCCAAGGAGCUGUUACAGCCAGUCUUUUUCCUGGAGGAGUGAUGCUGCUCUGCAUCUCUCCAGCAUGAGCAGGAGGUGUUCACCUGCUUCCUACCAUCUCACUCAUGCUCAAGGAGCUCAUGGCAAGCAGCGGUGACCAUCACAACAAACGCUACAAACUCCUGGAAGUCACACUCUGCAUCCUCAUCGCUGUCCAGAGCCUCCAUGACUUUGUCCACAGGUCUUUGAUCUCCUGAAGAAACAAGCAGCCAAAGCAAAAGAGGAUCAGAACGAGGCCCAGACAGUAACAUGUCCCUGUUUCUUGGGUGCUUCCAUGGCUGAAUGGCUGUUCAGAUGCAUCUCAAAUAGCUUGUUGCUGAUUCCUGUCUUUGUUGGGGCACCAACCUAUGGCUGCAGGAGCAUCUGCACAGCAGCAGCCCUCCUGAAGCGGAAGCCACUGAGAAGGCUGUCCCCCCUUCCCAGGGGGGGAUAGUUCCCUAGUAUCCAAUGCGAACACCAUCCCCCAGCGCAGGCUGUUGCCCUUGUCCUGCCACCUGCUGCUCCUGUAGAGCUGGAGCAGUGUUUAACACACUGCUGCAUAAAAAGAACCCAUCCUUCCCCUGUGCUUGCUUCCCGUGGGAGGUGGAGUUAGCAGAGCCCACCAGAUCCUCAGCAUGGCUCCCUGAGCCCGGCCAGGCAUUCUGUCUAGAGGGCAAUACUUAACACCAAGGAAAUGGGUCAACUCAGCUCCUUUAGUUCUGAUUUCUUCAGCUUGUGCUUGUUUCCCUCCUUUCCUGAGUACUGGUGGAAGGCAUCAGUGAUUACAAUCAUGGCCUUUUCCAGCUCAGACAUGGUCACAGCUUCCCUCAGACACGAGGUCAGAGGGAGCGAUGGGUGCAUUAGCCUAGGCAAGCUCCAGUGAUGCCUUUUGCUUUGCAAGCACGGCCACCCCAGAGCACCCUCCAUGUGUCAGCAGCACUGGAGCCCACACUCCAUACAUGCUGCUGAUAAAGCACUGCUAGCAGCUCUCGCUUCAAGGAGGAAGAUCCCUAGAGACCUUGGCCCUUCCACCAAGAGCUCUCAGGCAAGGAGAGCCACAGCAUCAGGAGUGCCAGUAAAGGACUGGCACAUAUUGAGAGCUGGCACAUCCCCUGUGACUCAUGUGGGUUUGGCACCUUGACUCUCUAGGUGUGCAGAGCAUAGAAAACAAGGAAAAGCUGCAAAGCCCUGGUGGCUUCCAGCUAGCUGCUCCUGCAUUUUCCAUAUGUGCUGACCUGGCUAGCGGGUGGCAUGUUGUCACUUCAUCUCUUCUUUGGCUCCUGCUUCUUAACCCAUUGCUUUGUUCUCCGUGCUUGAGAGAGGGGCAGGCACUGGUUUCAUUUCUGCAAUGAGCCUUCAGAAAGGUUUUGCUGUCCCCACUGUCACCUCUGCCUUUCUGGACUGCAGGCCUGUCUCCAGCUGAGCAGUCAGGGGAACCCAGGCAGGAACCAGUUUUGAUGAAUGCCAGCAGGACAAAAUAAGCAAAUUUCCUCUAACCUCCCUCCUCCCAUGCUUGAUUUGGAGACCCUCUUGGGAAUGUUAAUAAUUGGGGUUGCAGUGUUCCCCGUGGAUUUCAGAAAUGGACAAACCAAAGAGACUGAUCAAAAAGGCAGAGAUGCAAAACCACCUUCCCAAAGGCUGUUGAAUGCACUGAUGCUGGCUGGGAAAAAAAAAAAAAAAAGCCUUAUUGUCUGGCAUUUAGUGAAUUUAUACACCACGGAUAAAUGUCUCCUGUCCUGUAA